AUGCCUAUUGGCAAAAAUAACCAUCCGGUUGAUGACGCUCAGGCGAUCCAGUUCGUCCGGGGCACGGACGAGCAGACGAUCCCUGACGUGCGGCUGACCAAGUCCCGGGACGGCAGCAACGGCGUGGCCAUCUUCACGUUCGAGCAGCCGUCGGUGUUCGACUCGUUGGCGGAGCUCGGGGACAUCACGGGCCUCUACAUGAUCGACGACGAGGGCGUGCUGCAGUCCGUGGACGUCAGCGCCAAGUUUGUCAACGGCAAGCCGGCGCGUAUCGAGGCCAAGUACGUCAUGCGCACGCCCCCGGGACUGGGACCGCUUCAUGGAGCGAUACUCCCAGGCCAACGGCCUCCAGUUCGUCAAGAACUGAAGUACUCGACUCAACUCAUGAUGAGCUGA